AACUCACCAAUCGCAGCUUCCAUUCACAAUGGCCAUUAUUUCUACUUCAUCAUCCUUCUUUACUUCGCCUAAUCCCCAAUUCAAUUCACACAAACCUUCACAUUCGAGUUCGAGCUCGGUCCGGUUCGGAAGAGCUCGGGUUUCUGCUGGUUACACAACCGCGGAGAGGACGGGUAAUACUAGCUCUUCGUCGUUGUACGAGGUGCUCGGGGUUGGUGUCGGGGCGGAUACGCUAGUGGUGAAAGCGGCGUACCGGAGAUUGGCUAGAGUUUUGCAUCCGGAUGUGGGAAGUUGUGAGUCAUCCGCGGAUGAGUUUAUGAAAGUGCACUUGGCGUAUACGACACUUGUGGAUCCUGAAAAACGAGCGGCGUAUGAUCGCAGUUUGGUCCAGAGGCGGACUGUAGUUUCGUCCUCGAUGAGAUAUGCCCCUGGCUAUCGGUCGCGAAGAUGGGAGACGGAUCAGUGUUGGUAGAAAUUGAUGUUUGAAAUUUAAUUAGGUUUUAGAGAUCUUGAGUUUGUAAAUUUGGAAUUUAGGGACUAAAGUUGGUUUAGUUUACACGAUCAGUUUCAACUUAUCAAGGGUCACUAUGCCAAUAACUCGGAUUUUAAUUCGUGAAUAAAACUGUAUAAAUAUUACGUA